UUCAACAUGGCGCCGGCAGCAGCAGAAUCAAAGAAAGAAAAAGAUGUCAAAAAAGAUGAAUCUAAGACUAAAGAUGAACCAAAAAAAGAGGAGGAAGUAGAACUGAGUGAGGAGGAUAAGCAGCUUCAAGAGGAGCUCAAUAUGUUGGUGGAACGGCUUUCGACAUUUAUCAGAAGAAAUCAGAGCUGAAUAUAAUGAAAGAGCUUUGAAAGAAAUAUCCAUGGAGCAGCUGAUAGCCCUUGCAAUGGAGAUUAUACCAUAUGACAUGCAGCACAAUGCCGAGACUGAUGCAUGUGACCUACUGAUGGAGAUAGAGCAGCUKGACAAGCUAGAGAAAUACACAGAUGAAAACAACUUCCAGAGAGUGUGCUUGUAUUUGACAAGUUGUGUUAAUUAUGUACCUGAACCAGAGGAUGCAACAUUAAUAAGGACAGCUUUGAGUAUAUUUAGAAAGUUUGACAGAUUGCCAGAAGCUAUGAAACUUGCUAUACAAUUGAAUGACACCAAUCUUGUCAAAGAAAUCUUCAUGGCUUGUACGGGAAGUGCUGAGAAAAAGCUUAUUCAAAAGCAAAUGGCAUUCAUGUUAGCAAGACAGCAAUUUUUCCUGGAGUUAGAUGAAGACAUGGAAGACUAUGAAGACAUUAUGGAAAUUAUGUCAAAUUCUCUUUUGAACAACAACUUUUUAAGCCUUGCUAGAGAGCUGGACAUYAUGGAACCGAAAGUGCCAGAAGAUAUUUAUAAAACACACUUGGAAAAUAAAGGWAUAUCAAGUGGAGUUUCACUAGAUUCAGCUCGUCAAAACCUUGCUUCAUCGUUUGUUAACUCCUUUGUUAAUGCUGGUUUUGGUGUUGAUAAACUUUUGACUGAAGAUGGUAACAAAUGGAUUUAUAAAAACAAAGAACAUGGUAUGAUGAGCACAACGGCUUCUCUUGGUUUGAUACUAUUAUGGGAUGUUGACGGAGGCUUAACACAAAUUGAUAAAUAUCUGUACUCGUCAGAAGACUACAUUAAGGCUGGGGCUUUACUUGCUUGUGGUAUUGUCAACUCAGGAGUUCGCAACGACUGUGAUCCAGCUAGAGCUCUCUUAUCAGACUACGUUCUCCAUAAUAGUAAUGUCAUGAGAUUAGGUUCUGUAGUGGGACUUGGUCUUGCUUAUGCUGGUUCAAACAGAGAAGAUAUCUUGUCACUUCUCUUGCCUGUUCUUACUGAUUCAAAGUCAAAUACAGAGGUGAUUGGCAUGGCAUCUGUUGCCUGUGGUAUGGUUKCUAUAGGAACAUGUAAUGUAGAUGUUACGUCAACUAUUCUUCAAGCAAUGAUGGAACAGACUGAAACACAAUUAAAAGAUACYUAUGCCAGGUUCCUUGCCCUUGGCCUUGGAUUGACCUUUCUUGGUAAACAAGAAGCAGUAGAAGCAACCCUCGAAGCACUCAAAGUUGUACCACAGCCUCUUGGCAAGUGGGCUUCAAUACUUGUAGAAAUCUGUGCCUAUGCAGGAACAGGCAAUGUCCUAAAGAUACAAAAACUACURCACAUUUGCAGCGAGCACUUUGAACACAAGGAAGGWGAAGAGAAGGAGAAAGAGAAGUCCAAGGAAUCCAAGGAUAAAGAAAAGGAAGAGGAAAAGGAAGAAGAUGGCAGCCAUCAAGGCUUUGCAGUGCUSGGCAUUGCUCUGAUUGCAAUGGCRGARGACAUAGGAUCACAGAUGGCAUUACGAGCAUUUAACCACUUGUUACAAUAUGGAGAACCUGUUAUCAGAAGGGCUGUYCCAUUAGCUCUUGCUCUUCUAUCGGCAUCCAACCCACAGCUACCAAUAGUAGAUACCCUGAGUAAACUAUCUCAUGACAGUGAUGCUGAGGUUGCUCAUAAUGCUAUCUUUUCAAUGGGUAUAGUUGGUGCAGGAACCAAUAAUGCACGCUUGGGUGGAAUGUUACGUCAACUUGCCAUGUACUACCAUAAAGAUGCUAAUAACCUAUUCAUGGUGCGACUUGCGCAGGGUUUGGUGCAUAUGGGUAAAGGCACGCUAACAGUUGGCCCCUAUCAUAGUGACAGAAGUCUUCUGAUGCCUGUUGCCGUCGGUGGUCUUCUUACAACCCUUGCUGCUUUCCUUGAUGUCAAAAAUGUUAUUUUGGGUAAAUCACAUUAUACAUUAUUCCAUUUGGUAUCUGCCAUUCAGCCAAGAAUGUUGGUAACAUUUGAUUCAGAGUUACAGCCUCUUCCUGUAACUGUGCGCGUAGGACAGGCGGUUGAUACUGUUGGUCAAGCUGGCAAACCUAAAUCAAUUACUGGUUUCCAAACACACACAACUCCAGUGUUACUUGCUCAUGGAGAAAGAGCUGAACUUGCAACAGAAGAAUAUCUCUCACUGGCACCAAUUAUGGAAGGUUUUGUUAUCUUAAAAAAGAAUCCUGAAUAUGAGAAAGAAAUGCUUGGUUAAAACAAUGCUUUUAAGUUAAAAGUACUGGCAACAUCUGAAAGAAAGAACAGCUUGAUCCAUGUUGURUUCCAUGYUUUUUUCCRUUCUCAUUUCAAGAGUGCUAACAAUAUUGGACCAUGAUAAUUUCCUGGCACUAAAAGGACGUACAUGUUAUGGCUGWUAAUUGUACCCUUCAUUCAAAAGGAUUGCAUGCCAUAGCCAUGGUCACUUGGAAUUUACUACCAAACAUUGGUGGCAAUAUUCACAUAACAACGGCAGUCGAUGUCGUCACUGCAAGAAUGAUUUUAGGUCCCUAUAGUACAUGACGACAAUUUUUGAGAUAGACCCUUUGCACGUGACUUCAAAACAGCUUCAUCUAGAGGACAAAAUAAAAGAUUUUCUCCUUUUUGUCAACCAGAAUUCAUUGUCCUCCAGRUGGAGCYGCAUUUUCAUGAACUGCAAGGGGUCUAGAGCUAUAUCGAUUGUCUCUAAACAAGUGAGGAACAAAAGAUAAGAAAUUGUCAACAAAUUUUCCAAAUGGCUUAUUAAAAUAUGUAACAUACAUGUGCA